UACGAUCAACGACCUACCUUUGCCUGCGCUACACGGCUGCACUCCUUGCAAUUAUAUACACGUUUAUAAACAAGUAACAACCGCACCCAGAAUACAAUACCCUGAUUGACUCACCGCGUGUCUAUUCCCUUCCCCCAAAUUGCCACCGAGCACUCCCAAAUACCUCCGUAACAACGAGUGUUCCAAAGAUGCGACGAAGCGUCUCGAACAUCCAUCAACAAUCAAUAACGUCGUCUCCGGUUUGAUACUAAACAUUGGCAAAAUGUUAAUCUUCCAUCUGAGACAUCUCUGACAUCACGUUUAUUCGAGUGUUGACUCAGACCUUCAUUGUUCACCUGUCAAGAAUGCAGGGUUGUUCGUGUGGAUCGAGCAUUUCUUGAAGCACGCUCAUUGGGGAACUCCAUCAGUAACAAUAUUCUGCAAGUGAAAAUGUUCAUACUGUGGAUGAUUUUAUUCACCUACGGAGGGUUAUCAAAUUGCCAGGAUUACUUGGGGUGCUAUAAAGCACCUCCAGGUGACAAUGACGCGUUUCCUGCUUUGACACGAGCCAGUGCACCCACAGAAUGUGUUGCAGAGUGCAGAAGACAUUAUUACAUGUACGCAGGCUUGAUGAGCGGCCAGCAAUGUUACUGCCUGAGUCGUUACGGUCGUGAUGGGCCCUCAAGCGGUUGCACAAUUCCUUGUGCCACCGAGCCAUCCUCUUUUUGCGGAUCCCACGACUCCAUCAGCAUCUACACGACGAAUCAGCGUGGACCCUCACCCCCGCGUCAUCUUAAAGUAACGAAAACCGAGUCUACCGCGCUGCAUAUCACCUGGGAGCCGCCGAACAUCCCAAAUGGUAACGUGACCUCCUACAUAAUCCGCGUGAACCCCGUGAAAAGCCACUCCCCACGUCCGCUGCUGUCGACCCAGUCUCAGGUCCAGGGUGGCUCCUCCGACGAAACCAUUCUGACUGGUCUCCACCCUGGUUCGGUAUACAAUAUCUCCAUGACAGCUCUGAACAUCGAAGAUGAGUCUGACCCGAUAUCUAUCCUUGAAGAGACCUCCCUGGGCCCCCCUAAUUCUCCAGAGACCCCCAAAGUUUUGGAAAGAACGGCAUCAACAAUUACUCUGGAGCUACGCAAAGGCUCCAGUGAAAAUGGACCGUUGACAGCCUACCAGGUGCUCGUGGUCUACCCCGGGACGCUUCCCCCUGUGAGCCCUAACGAAUCCUUUCCAAGCUACUCGCAAGCUAUCAAAGACAAUAUUCCGUAUUACAUAACCGCUGAGUUUGAAGCCUCAGAUUUCGCGAAUAACCAAAAAUUCGUCGUCGGGGAUGGAAGAAAAAUGAAUUCGUAUUACAAUGCCCCUUUGGAGAAGCCUUUCGACACACCCCAGAUCGGGCUUGUAACGGUCUCCAGGACAAGAACAACUUCGUUGUAUAGUUACUCUGGUUUGACUGAGAACAUGAUGAACGCCUCGAGGAGUACCGGCAACGGCACAGCUGUCGUUUUGUGGGUGGCGAUCGUCGUCUUGAGUCUAUUACUGGCAGCUUCCAUCUUCGUUUACCUUGUCCUGCGCAGGAGAUAUGCUGGCCGGAUGGGCAAGCUCCCGGAGCAGCAGGAGUUAACCCUCCAGGGCCCGAUGUACGAGGUCGACAACAUGGCGUACAUCCCAGAGGACGUGCCAGAGCGACCGAAUCACUAUCAGGAUUUGAAGAAAAAGGUUUGGAGUAUUCCCAAAAAUUUUCUCAAUGUCGAUCACGAAUUAGUGAUGAAAAGGGGGCGAUUUGGAACAAUUCAUAAGGGAACCGUUCAGGAUAGAAAUGGGGUCCUGUCGGAUGCGAUUAUUCACUGCAUAUCCGAUGUGAAUCUCAGGCCUUCCGAGAAAAAGCACAUGCUCAGAGAUCUUGAUGUUUGCAUUAAGACUGGGAAUAUGAAGUACCUUGCUGGGUUUGUGGGAAAUUGUGAGACUCCGGAGACACUUUACAUUGUCUUGGAGGCAACUCCUGAUACCUUGAAGAAUAGAUUAUUAGCUGCAAGGGUGGGACAGGUGUUUCCUUAUGAGCAGAUACUUCCUAUUGGAUCGGGCAUUGCUCAGGGAUUGGCAUAUCUGGAGGCUCACAAGGUCAUUCAUUCGCAUCUCUGUGCCAGGAGCAUUGGUUUGACGAGUGAUUAUGUGCCUAAGAUAGGGGGUUUUGGUAUUGGAAAACAUUCGAUUGAAGAUGUUAAGUUGGCUAGGUGGACAGCGCCUGAGAGAUUUGGGCAUAAAAAGCAUAUUGGAGGAGUUGUUUGGGCGUUUGGGGUUGUUAUUUGGGAGAUGAUGAGCAUGGGAGGUACGCCAUACAGUGAUCUUGAGGACGAGUGUGAUGUGGAGGCGGCUGUGGUGGAACAGGAUGUCAGACUACCACAACUCAGGGAUAUGCCGGAUCCUUUGUAUGAGGUGCUCAUCUCGUGUUGGAUGGUCGAUCCUGAGGAGCGACCGAUUUUUGAUGAGCUUGCAAGACUGAAUACACUGAGCAUCUGUCCCAUCACAGCCAUCACCGAACCAUACCUAGCGGACCUGGAAUUGAAUUAAAACUCAUUUCCUCAGGAGAGAAAGGGACACAAGCACAUAAAUUGUUGCAUUAAAAAAAAUAAUGGAGCACUGACUGUGUUCAUUUUGUAUCAUAUUUCUACUUUACUCAGCUUACAAGGUUGUGUACCUUCAGACAUUCAGUUACCAAGCACAAAAAUUUUCAUUAACUAAAAGAUGAAGUUUCGAGGCAUCACUCGAUCUCUCAGCCAAUUAUUUUUAGUCCUCUAGGGCUUUUUCUUUCGUAUAUUUAUGGAGUGGUUAAGCUCAACCGGUAAUUAUUUCCGUCCAUUUUACUUAAUUAGUCAUAAUUAGGAUUUUUUUAAACGUUAUGAGUUUUUAAUUUUUUUUUCUCGUGAAGAGGUAGGAUAGAUGUUUUCUAUGGGUUUUUUUAAUACUGAAACUGUGUUUUUUAUUCAAUCAUAUUUAUUCAUCGAACAAUAAUGCCCUUUUCAUUGGGAUUUUCACUUUGUCACGCAUCACGUUAAUGCUUUCAUAUAUUGAUAAAGAUAAUUUUAUGAUCACCGAAGUACAAAACAGUUUGGUAACAAAUUCAAUUGAAAAAAACAGCUACUGGAUAUCAGGUGAUAUCUAACUUUCAAAGCAGCUGAUGAAUAUAACUCGUUCAUAAGUUGGUCCCGAUAAUUCUAAAGAUUAGAAUAUAUUGAAUACUUUUUUAUAAUAAAAAAGAUCACUGAUGUUGUUCAA